GUGAGCUCACUCCCGCCUCCAUGUUCCUGGAGUCGCCUGAACGCGUCCGCCCGAAGUCGCGGGCCGCCUGGGGAGUCAGCAGCGCGCCAGGCCCCUGCGGGCGCCACACGCAUUAGGUGCCUUCUUGAUGGGUACGGAAUGAAGGCGGGCGGUGGCUGGGCCGAGGCAGCUCCCAGUCGGUAGCCGCCGCGCCGCCCGUGCCCGCGCACGCCACACCCCAGCGCGCUUCCGGCCAGGCCACGUGAUCGCGCGCGCACGUGUUCCGGCCUCUCUGCGUCGCAGUUCGGAGCCUCCUCCUGGUCGCCCCGACAUUGGUCCACCGGGAGCCGGCUUGGGCCGGGCCCGGGAGGCGGCGGCUAGGGGAGCCGCGGAGACGCGGGCGCUGAGCGUCGCGGGGGAGUAGGCCCGGGCCGGCAAGCGGCGGCCUCCGCCAUGAACCCCAGGGGCCUGUUCCAGGACUUCAACCCCAGUAAGUUCCUCAUCUAUACCUGCCUGCUGCUCUUCUCGGUACUGCUGCCCCUCCGCCUGGACGGCAUCAUCCAGUGGAGCUACUGGGCCGUCUUUGCCCCCAUAUGGUUGUGGAAGCUUCUAGUCGUCGCAGGCGCCUCGGUGGGCGCGGGCGUUUGGGCCCGCAACCCUCGCUACCGUGCCGAGGGAGAGGCCUGCGUGGAGUUCAAAGCCAUGCUGAUCGCUGUGGGCAUCCACCUGCUGCUGCUCAUGUUCGAAGUCCUGGUCUGUGACAGGGUGGAGAGGGGCACCCACUUCUGGCUGCUGGUCUUCAUGCCUCUCUUCUUCGUGUCCCCCGUGUCUGUGGCUGCCUGCGUCUGGGGCUUUCGACACGAUAGAUCGCUGGAGCUGGAGAUCCUGUGCUCGGUCAACAUCCUGCAGUUCAUCUUCAUCGCUCUAAAGCUGGACAGGAUUAUUCACUGGCCGUGGCUGGUGGUGUUUGUGCCCCUGUGGAUCCUCAUGUCGUUCCUUUGCCUGGUCGUCCUCUAUUACAUCGUCUGGUCCCUCCUGUUCCUGCGGUCCCUGGAUGUGGUUGCCGAGCAACGAAGAACACAUGUGACCAUGGCCAUCAGCUGGAUAACGAUUGUCGUGCCCCUGCUCACUUUUGAGGUCCUGCUGGUUCACAGAUUGGAUGGGCACAAUACAUUCUCCUACAUCUCCAUAUUUGUUCCCCUUUGGCUUUCCUUACUAACUUUAAUGGCCACAACAUUUAGGCGAAAGGGGGGCAAUCAUUGGUGGUUUGGCAUUCGCAGAGACUUCUGUCAGUUUCUGCUUGAAAUUUUCCCAUUUUUAAGAGAAUAUGGGAACAUUUCAUAUGAUCUCCAUCACGAAGAUAGUGAAGAUGCUGAAGAAACAUCAGUUCCAGAAGCUCCGAAAAUUGCUCCAAUAUUUGGAAAGAAGGCCAGAGUAGUUAUAACCCAGAGCCCUGGGAAGUACGUUCCCCCGCCUCCCAAGUUAAAUAUUGAUAUGCCAGAUUAAACUCCUAGAGAGGACCCAGCCACACACGGACUCCACCUUGCCUUUACCUCUUGUUCAUUCAUCCCAAACCUGGAAAUGGAAACAGGCUUCAAACACUGUCGUCUCACGCCCUGUUUGAGAUCACCGCCUCAUCAGUAUGCAUCAUAGAUGGAGGUGGUUUUAGUAUGUGGGUGUGUGUGGUGUGUACCUGGGUAAGAGACUUGCUUUCCAGGUUCGCACUUUCAGGUGUAGCCGGGGGUAGUAAGUUGGAUUGUUUUAGUAGGUCCUCAAAAGGAAUAACUACACAGCUGUUUGUUUAAAGUGCUACUGUACCUAUCUAAAGUAUUGUUUAAAAAGUAUUUUUAUACACUGCUAAUCUAAAAUUGUAUUUCAGAAUGUGCCUGUUAUGACAUAGUAGCAAAUGUAAAGAAUUCUCUUUCCCACCACUUGUUUAUAAACCUCAUAGUUGAUAUUUUUAGUGUUCCUACUGUUAAAAUACCUUCUCCUUGGGCUUCGCUGAUACUGGUCUUUAAUAUUCUGAUAGGUGAAUUUUUCUAAUGGAAUGAACCCAUGCAUAUAUAGUAUUUAUAUGAAUAUUUUAGCAGUGUAAUAUGUUGAAUUCUAGUUUUCUGCAGUACCAUGUAUUAUGUUAAAGUGUUUUUUAAAGCUUACAUGUGAAGAUACGUGUCUGUCGCAGAUGUCCUUAAAGACUGCAUAAAACAAUAUGUGCCUGGUGUGGAUCUUACCAAAGUACUAGGCAUGAAUUAUAGGGAUUGCAAAUCCCAUGGAUCUUAAUAUUGAGGUGUUAGUAACCGAGGUCUCUGGUAGUACCCCUUAGUAGAGGAAGAGGCUGCUGCCCUUGGGAGCUUGUGACACGCUCCAGUGUGGUACCAGGCCAUAAAGUGACAUAGUUACUUUGUUUAGUGCCUUUGUUUAGUGCCAAGUUGUUUAGUACCUUGCAUUUUUCCACACAGGUAGUAACUGGAAAUAAGCAAUAAGUGGUUUGUCCAUUUCUAAGAAUCUUAAACUAUUAGUUGGCUGUAGUGUGAAGCUAUUACUUGUCAUUGGAAAGAUGGAGAGAGUGGCCUCAAUCAGAAGUGGCCAACAGAAGCAGGUAUCAUUUUAAGGUCCAAACUUUCAUCUGUCAGCAAUAGGGAAACAACAGUUCAAAUUCGCUUUGUAGAUGAGUACAGUGUUUCUUUUUGUUUUUCUUUUUUUUGAGACAGAGUUUCACUCUUGUUGCCCAGGCUGGAGUGCAAUGGCACAAUCUCUGCUCACCACAGCCGCUGCCUCCUGGGUUCAAGUGAUUCUCCUGCUUCAGCCUCCUGAGUAGCUGGGAUUACUGGCAUGCGCCACCACGCCUGGCUAAUUUUGUAUUUUUAAUAGAGAGAGGGUUUCUCCAUGUUGGUCAGGCUGGUCCCGAACUCCUGACUUGAGGUGAUCUGCCCACCUCGGCCUCCCAGAGUGCUGGGAUUACAGGCAGGAGCCACUGCACCUGGCAAGUACAAUGUUUCUUUAGGUGCUGGUGGUACACCAGGGAAUCAGGGCAGAAGCCGGAUCCUGCAAGAGUAAUGUUCGUCUGAGAACAAAUAAAUACUUUCAAAAGGAGGUUAAAAUAAAAAGGAAUGUUGGUGUUAUUACUGUGGAGAAGAUGGGAUGGAGUCCACUUUUCUUAUUAGUAACUUACUAAAAAUGAUCUAAACUGGACUCUACACUCUUUGCCCUGACCAUGAGGCAAACUUGUUGGGUUUGGAGAAAAAAACGUAACCCUAAAUUUACUAUUUUUGCCCUGUAUAAAGCAUUAAAAUAACAUGCUCUGUACACAUGCUCUCAACAAAACCCAGAAUGCCUGAGGGAGCUACAGCUCGGCUUAGUUGGCUGGGACUGAGCUCGCUCGCCCUCUCACACACUGGCAGUUUAUACCAGCCGGCAGCCCUGAGCAGCAGUGGAUGUGACUUUUUAUAAGUAAGGAUACAUUCAUUCAUUCAUUUUCUCAGUAUUUCUUGAAGACCUACCCCAAGCUAAGCAUGGUGCUAGGCAGUGGGUGUGCAGUGGAGAGCAAGCGGCCCUGCCCUUGCAAAGUGUCCUGUACAGUGAGAAGUGUGAGCCACACCCACAGAGGGAAAGAGCCCAGUGCAGCUUUUGCAAAAUGCAGGGAAGGAUGCUGCUAGCCUCAGGGUGACCUAGAACUUUAAGCCCAUCUUUGUGUUCAGGAGCCCGGUGCCUCCCCUCCACCCCUAAAGAAUAUCUCAAAGACAUGGAUUUUCAUUUCAGUAAGAUUUAGAGGUGCAUGGGCAGGCAGUGCUGGAGGAAUUGGGAGGCAGGUUUGGGGGUUGCAGUGGGACCACUGGCCCCUCCUGGCUAGUUGCAGGCCAGGAGCUUGUUGGUACCUGGUGCAAACUCCCCAACCUGAGGAGUCCCCCACAACCCCCCAGCCCAUCUUAACCUCUUCCCCCAGGCUAUCUGGUAUUGGAGAGCCAACGUCUGGUAUGGAAACAAGCUUUCUCACCAGGUAGGCCAUCCGCUGUCAUGACCAUUAGGUUAAAAACAAGUGACAGGUUGUAGGAAGUUGUUUGGUCUGUGAGGUUGAGAGCACUUCAGCAGUGCCUGGGGAUUUACCUAACUGCCAUGAAACACUGAUUAUCCAGCGUUCAGCAUAUAUCAAGUUCUGUAACUAUUUCUCCUGUGAUGUACCACUCAGCUUUUGCUGCAAAUCAACAUCAGAAAUCUCGGUGGUCUACAACUGCAGAUUCCCAUUCUCGGGUAGUCUGCCAGUUGGCUUCUAGGUUAUGCUCCAGGCCGGGGGUCUGAUCAGGUCUGCUCCACAACACAUCCCCUAUUCUGGGUUCCUGGUCAAAGUAGCAGCUUACCUUGGGCCGUAUUCUUUCUUAUGGCAGAAGCAUGAGAGGCCGAGCCCUAUCCUGCAAGCACAAAUAAUAGCCCCUGCUCACUUUCUGUUGGCUGCAACACAUGGCCAUGCGUGACCUCUGUGGGGUGAGGCGGUGCAUGGCCAAGGAACAAGCACAGUCCACAUAGGGGGCUGUCACUCCAUGACCUCAGUGGUACAAAAUGGUUCUCAAGAAAUCGCAAGGAAUUGCUUGCAGAUCAUCCAUGAUUUGUUUCCCUUGUGCUUUACAAAUACCCUGAAAUUUGUUUUUAUUUAUUUUAUUUUUUUAUUUUUUUUUUUGAGACGGAGUCUCGCUCUGUCGCCCAGGCUGGAGUGCAGUGGCCGGAUCUCAGCUCACUGCAAGCUCCGCCUCCCGGGUUUACGCCAUUCUCCUGCCUCAGCCUCCCGAGUAGCUGGGACUACAGGCACCCGCCACCUCGCCCGGCUAGUUUUUUGUAUUUUUUAGUAGAGACGGAGUUUCACCGGGUUAGCCAGGAUGGUCUCGAUCUCCUGACCUCGUGAUCCGCCCGUCUCGGCCUCCCAAAGUGCUGGGAUUACAGGCUUGAGCCACCGCGCCCGGCACCCUGAAAUUUUUAAAAGCUGUUUCCGUUAGAAGGGAUCUGUUGAGGAUUUGAGAUGUGAUGAGAAAGACCCUGCAUUCCAGCCCCUCGGUUAACAGUGGUGAGGCCCGAGUGCUCCACACAGGACAGUUUUAGGAAAGUGCUGGAAUCCAAAGCUUCUCCGGAGGGCUAUGCAGGGUGCUUUGGAAAGGCCAAGCCUGGGUGCAGGGAGCCCAGCCUUUUAGGUGGAAGCAGCAGACGGUGAGGGAGGCCAUCCUGCCCGGCCCUGCCAGGGCCCUGACAGUGAAGGAAGCUAUUGGGAUACAGGUCACUCAGCCGGGCAGGAAAGAUGGGAUGAAGCCCAGCAAGUUCACAGGGAUCCGGGAAGUUGCAUGGCUGGAAACCCCGGAAGGGCUACACCACAGGGACCAUUUGCUGAGGAUGCUGCAGCUGCCACGGCCACCACCACUGAGAGCAUGACAUCCACAAAAAGGGAGCCUCCAGCCUCACCCCUGCUGCUGUGAGUACUUCCUCAGCUGUCUGCCAUGGGCUCAAGAUUAAGUAGCAGAAGGGAGGAUAUGAUCGGGCAAACCUCAGGUAUGUGUUCAUUCUGUAGCUUCCAGAACGUGCGAGGAGACAGCAUCUGGCUCCUUAGUCUCAAAGAGGAGGAGGAGGCAGGACUCUGCCCAAACUCCCUCGAUAAAAGAUUUUCCCAAAAGGAAGGGUGUUCAGAUGCCAAAGAUGACAAAAGUCCACUACACCACUUUACUUGGCUAUCUGACACAGUCUCUUCUUCCCAUGCGCACGCCUCAGAAAUCAGGCUCCCACCUGACAUAACACAACCAUGCCUCGUAACAAGACAGUGGUUUAUCCCUUCCCUAGGAGAAAAGAGGCAAUGCCAGGCUGCUUUAUCAACUGUUAAUACUUCUUCCAGCCCUCAAACCAGGAUAUCUGCAGGUGUCUCUCCCUCUGGUUUGGUCAUGGCUCUCUCUAUUGUAGGAUGUAUGGGUUAAAGUCAGCUGCCACACCAUGCCCUCGGAAGUGUGGUCCAAGGACCCCUGGGGUCCUCAAGGUCCUUCCUUUCCCAACCCCACGUGGUUUUCUUCAGCCAGGAUACCACACUGCAACGGAUGAAGCAGGAAUAAUACUGUUGGUCAUGAGGAAUCCAGCAAAGAUACUGGUGAUUGUUAGGUGCUUAAUUGAGUUAAUUAGGAAGGGAUCAUUUUCAUUAAUAAUAGAGUUAUGAAGCGAGGUUGUCCUAUUGGAGUGAAGAAAAUAAUAAGGGUACUAUAAACAGCUGUUAAGGAGGUGGCAAUAAGAGUAAUAAGGCUCAGGAAGGCAGAAGCAGCUAUGAGGAUGCAGCAGCCUUCUGCUAAGCCAGGCUUUAAGGGUCUGCAAAAAUGCAAAACGAUGCCACUGCUACUGAUGAUAUAUAUUUUUUGUUUUGGAAAAUCUAGGUUUAAAUUUUUUUAAGUUAACAUGUAAUAGAUGUAUAGUCUUAAAAUGGAUGAAUAAAUAUUUUUCAGAGUUAUUGGCUUU